AUAUUUACUCACACCAAUUUUGACGUCCGAUUUAGUUACACGAAAAAAUCAAAAAUCAUGGCAGAGAACUUAUUGACUUUUUCUAAUCCCGUCUUUGCUCAAUUUGCAUAUUAUUCUGCAAUUAGCAUCGGGAAGAUGUUUGCUAUAGUACCUAUGAUAGUUUACAGACGUUUUUCCACCGGGACUUUUGCAAAUAAAGAAGACGUUCUCUCCCGAGACAAAAAAGGAAACCCAACUGCUAAAGUUGGAAUCAACGAAUCAGUAGAAAGAGGCCGAAGAAAUCACUUGAAUGAUAUGGAGAACAUUUUCCCAUUUGUUCUUAUUGGAUUCUUCUAUGUUCUAACAAAGCCUGACUUGAAUGUUGCAACCUGGCAUUUUAGAGUGUUUGCUUUCUCGAGAAUCGUCCACAUGCUUGCUUAUCAAAUUCCAAUUAAACAACCAACAAGAGCGUUGUCAUUUGGUGUUGGGAUGGGAACCAUGCUGUCUAUGCUCUAUCAAGUUCUUACAUAUUCAGCCUAA